AUGACUGUCAAAAUUUACCUCCUUUGUUUGUUGGCAACUGCAGUGCUAUCACAAAACUAUUAUUAUCCGAAUCACUGGUAUGGAGCUAAUCAAGUAAGAAGAACAACGCUCUUUUUCCAAUUUAUUUCGUAUUUUUAGGGAAAUAUAAGAUCUGGAGUUGUUCCUGAUUACAAUCCAGUUCCGAAUGUUCAAAGCGGCACACUCGCUCCCCACGUCUGCGGAUUCAACACAUUCACCAGGUAAAGCUGACGUUCAGUCAAAUUGUCAUAUGACGAAGCCGUUUGCAGAAAAUGUAUGGACCCCGAAGGAUAUUGCCCUGGCAGGUGCAUGAACUUCCGUUACACCUACAACACGCUGUACGACUGCAGAUGCCUUGUCAUCAAAUAA